AUGCCAUUCACUCAGCGCUAUCAGAAAGAGAGGGUGAAAGAGCAGUUCUCCAAGUUCAUAGAGAUCUUCAAGAAGGUGCAUAUUAACAUUCCAUUGGUGGAAGCACUGCAGGAGAUGCCGCAGUAUGCUAAAUUCCUGAAGGAUAUUAUCAAGAGGAAGAAGAGGCUGCGAGAGUUUAAGACGGUAAAUCUCAAUGAGGAAUGCAGCGCAAUCUUGCAGUGGAAGCUCCCAGCAAAGCUCAAACAUCCAGGUAGCUUCACUAUUUCCUGCACCAUUGGAGGCCAACAGUUUGGGAAGGCGCUCUGCGACUUGGGGGCGAGUAUCAACCUCAUGCCCCUAUCUAUCUUUCAACGACUGGCAAUUGGAGAGAUGAAGCCGACGUCGAUCGCGUUGCAGAUGGCAGAUAGGUCGGUGACAUACCCACGGGGGAUAGUGGAGGACGUUUUGGUGAAGGUCAAUGAGUUCAUAUUCUCUGCCGAUUUUGUGAUGUUGGAUUUUGAGGAGGACAAAACCAUCCCGUUGAUACUAGGGAGACCGUUUUGGCCACGAGAAGAGCUUUGA